AUGGACCUAAACCUAAAAAGUCCCAAGUUCUGGUACAGUCUCCAUGGCCAGGUCCCAGGGAUGCUGGACUGGGACAUGGGGAAUGAGUUCUACCUGCCCUGCAGCACAGACCAAUGUUCCUUAGCUGAGCAGAACCUUGCCAAAUACAAAGUCCGAGUAAUGAAGACCCCCAAGGUACCUCAAGAGAGGAGAUUCAGUCCUAGCAAAGAUGGUCCUGACUGUGAACCCAACCUGUGGAUGUGGGUGAAUCCCAACAUCGUGUGCCACCUUGGCAACCAGGAGGCCCCAAAGCUCAGUAAGAAAAAGGAUCUACCAAGCAUGCUUCCUUCCCCUCAGCCUCUCCCAAAAGAUGAAGAGUCUAACUGCUCAGAGGUCACAGUGAUGGAGUCCCUACCAUCUUCCUCCAGCGAGCUAUCUCCCCCACAGAAGCAGUUCACCUCUUCCCCCAGUGACUGGGAGAUCACAGAAGAGGAACCUGAGGAACAAGCUAACAAAGCCUCUGUGGCUCUCCAAACUCCAAACAAAGGAGAAUUCUUACAGAGCCAGAAGCUACAGCGAGGUGACAACCAGGAGAAGUCUUGGUCCCGCCCCCCCCUCAAUUACAGUCAUUUAAUUGCCCUGGCACUAAGAAACAGCCCCCCAUGUGGCCUCAAUGUUCAAGAGAUCUACAGUUUCACCCAGCAUCAUUUCCCCUUUUUCUGGACGGCUCCAGAUGGUUGGAAGAACACCAUCCGCCACAACCUCUGCUUCCUGAGCAGCUUUGAGAAGACACCAGUCAGCCCUCAGGAUGGGGCCAAUGCAAAGCCACGGUCUAGCUUCUGGAGGCUUACUGAGGAGGGACACCGCCGCUUUCAGAAGGAGAUUCGUGCCUUAGCCUCCACUAGGAAGGAGAGUAUUCAACAGUGCAUGAGCCAGCCAGAUGUGAUGACCUCCCUCUUUGACCUUUAA